GGGAAAGGCCGCGCCGCUGAGGUGCGUGGUGGGAGGUGGGCCCUUCGGAGGAAGAACGCGAAGACAGGUGAUCUUUGGAGGCAGUAAACGGCACGACCAGGAAGACGAAAUUCCCAAAAGAUCAAGGUCAGAGUUCGUGGUGUGCAACAGGGUAAUAGCAUUAAUAAUUGAAAAAUACUUGUUUUUUUUUUUUUUUUUUUUUCCCUGUCAAAAGUUCAUGAGUUUAAUGGUAAAGAUGAGGGAAGUGUUAUAUUAGAAGAGAAGCACCUAAGAGAAAGUUUACAGAUGGUUGCCAUAACGGGUGGUUGUUUUUCAGGGCGAUAAGAAAUGAAACCAACAGGUACAGACCCAAGGAUCUUAUCUCUAGCUGCCGAAGUUGCAAACAGUCCUGAGCAGAACGUCCCUAUUAUACUGUUGAAGUUAAAAGAAAUAAUAAACAACACACCUUUAGGAAGCUCAGAGUUGAAGAAAAUAAAACAAGAUAUAUAUUGUUAUGACCUCAUUCAGUAUUGCCUUUUGGUCCUCAGUCAAGAUUGUUCUCGAAUCCAGGGUGGUUGGACUACAAUUUCCCAGCUUACACAGAUAUUAAGUCAUUGCUGUGUGGGCUUGGAGCCAGGAGAAGAUGCAGAGGAAUUUUACAAUGAAUUGCUUCCAUCAGCUGCAGAAAAUUUUCUGGUUUUGGGGAGGCGAUUGCAAACAUGUUUCAUCAAUGCAGCUAAGGGUGAAGAAAAAGACGAAUUACUACGCUUUUUCCAAAUUGUGACUGAUUCUCUCUUCUGGCUUUUGGGAGGCCAUGUUCAACUCAUCCAAAAUGUACUACAAAGUGAUCAUUUAUUACACUUACUGCAAACUGACAACCUUCAAAUAGGAUCUACAGUCAUGACUAUGCUACAGAACAUACUACAAAUCAACAGGGGUGAUUUACUCCGGAUAGAAGGAAAAACACUACAUUCAAUUUUAGAUGAAGUUGUUUUCAAGCUUUUAUCAACUCCUAGCUCUGUGAUAAGAAGUACUGCUGCAAAGCUUCUACUGCUGAUGACUGAAACCCAUCAGGAAAUUUUGAUUUUACUGAGACUAAGUGCCUGCUACAAAGGACUCAGAAGUCUACGAAAUAAGCAGGAGCCUGGGACAGAGUUUAGUCAAGAACUUGGACAGCUCAUCGCCCUUUUAACCCCAAAGGUCUAUCAGGAAGUAGAAGAACAGAAACUACAUCAAGCAGCUUGCUUGAUUCAAGCUUAUUGGAAGGGUUUCCAAACUAGAAAGAGGUUAAAGAAGCUUCCAUCUGCUGUGAUUACUUUGCAGAGGAGUUUCAGAUCUAAACGAAGCAAGAUCUUACUAAAGCUAAAAAGGCAGAAGGAAGAAGAGGAUCGCAGAUUACAGUUGCACAUUCAAAGACAGAGAGCCAUGAGACUGUCCCGAGAAUUACGGCUGAGUAUGCUUGAAAUAGUUCAUCCAGGUCAGGUGGAAAAACAUAAUCGGGAAAUAGAAGAGAAAUCAGCAUUGAUUAUCCAGAAACACUGGAGAGGGUACAGGGAAAGGAAAAUUUUUCGCCAACAGAGGCCAUCUCUCACGGAGUAUAAAGCAGCUGUCACACUUCAGAGAGCAACUCUUAAAUUCCUAGCAAAGUGUCGUAAGAAAAAGAAACUGUUUGCUCCUUGGCAAGGACUUCAAGACCUCACUGAUGCACGCAGAGUUAAACUGAAGCAACAAGUAGAUGACUAUCUCCAAAGACAUCCGAGCUCUCAGAUGUCAGAUGUGACUAGCAGAGAGCUCCAUUCCCAAGCUCAAGAACAACUGCAACACUACCUUAUGGGCAGGGUCCUAGAAGAGAGAGCCCAGCAGCACAGGGAGGCUCUGAUGGCUCAGAUCAACACCAACAUUGAACAAUUAAUGAAGGCACCAAGUCUGAAGGAAGCAGAAGGGAAGGAACCUGAGCUCUUCCUAAGUAGAUCCAGGCCUGUGGCAGCCAAGGCCAAGCAGGCCCAUCUUACCGCUCUGAAGCAUUUACAGGCACCCUGGUGGAAGAAUCUUGGGGAAGAAGAAGGAGAUGAGAUUGAUGUCCCAAAGGAUGAGCUCAGUGUAGAAUUAGGAACUUUAUUCAUUGGUGGAACCAAACCCCCUUAGGGAGCUACCCAAAGAAAUGACACUUAUUUCAGGAGAUUGUAUUGGUUCUGCCUCUGGCAUACUAGUAGACUAGAGCUAUCCUAACUCAUUUCCCGAAAUUCCUCUCCAAAUAAGAUUUGCAGGCAGUAAGCAAGGAGUUGCCUUCUACCUCUAUCUCAGUUCUCUUUUUUUUUCCGUAUUACCCACACCACACACAAAUUAGGAUGGCUUUUAUUGUGGAACUAACCUCAGCAUGGCAUUCUGUUGCUUAGAUGAAAUGUGGUAGUUCUUUUGUUUUUGCUGUUUUCCUACUAAAGAUGUUUUCUAAAUAAAUAUUUUCAACAAUUCUCAAAAACUUGUCAGGAUUACUUCAACUUUUCACAUUUAUUGUUUAGAAUGCAUGUGUUUCUACAAAUAUAAAAAGUAUGUUCUUGGCCUAAUUUAUUAAAGAUGAGGAAAAGAAAUGGUCAUUUGAAGGGCACUGCAUUAUUUUCUACCAAACAGUGCUUGAACUCAUUUUCUAUCUUGUUAUUUCUAAAAGAACUACAUU